AUGGCGCCAAGUACCGCUGGUCCACGGAUAUUCGACGACGCCAACCGUUCUCCAACCAGAUCGUCCGUCUUCCGGACCAUGUUGUCCAAGCCUCAUAAGAGGAACCAGUCCGCGGACGACGCCCUGCCCCCACCCUUCCAUUUGAGCAAACCUGUGGGCACCGCACCCUUUCCUUUUGCCGAGGGCCCUGCUCCGGCUUCAGGCCAUCUUCCGCUAGCUGAAAUCGUCCUGAACCGCGAUGCCGGGGAGAAUAACGUGCCAACUCCCAAAACCGGAAACAAGAACGGCAAGGUUGUGCAUAAGAAGACUAAAAGUGCCGUCUCUCUCAAAUCAUUGAGAAGUUACAUGGAGCGAAAGUCGGAGGAAGUACCCCAGGAAAACCUGGAUGAGAAGUCUCCUAAAAAGACCAAGUCAUCCACUAGUCUUUCUGCCCUUUUGAAGCGGUCUCAGCGGGGACGCAAAGGCGAUAACCCCAAGCAGAGCCGCGACAAGGAGAAUCGAAGCCCGACAGACCUCGUCGAUAGCAUGCCACCGCCAUCGCCAAUCUGGGCAGCAACCCCGGCCUAUCCCGAAUCGGUCCCGCAAUCGAGACAUGAUUCCACCGCAGAUAGACGGCGUAGUGUUGCCGAGGAGGUGUCACUCUACACGCCGAAGGGAUACAGUCCAGCCCAACAACGAAAUUUCUACGAUUACCAGCAGCAGCCGCCAUCACUUACCAGACCAAGCGAACACAGGGCAAGACCAAAAUCGGACAUUCUUACCGGGGGUAGAAAGAUGAAGGAUUAUCUUGGGCCUGAGCAACGUUCAACCUCGGGAGACAGUGACAGCACUCGGAAUGAUAGUGCGUCAGCUAAGGCCCGGACAACUGAUAAGUCUCGAAAGAUAUCUGCUCCGGAGUCAUCUGCAGCAUCUCCGUGUAAAGACGAGCAGGCUCCUAAGAGACUGUCUCGGGUGCAGGCUGCAAUCUCGGCCUUCAACGCAAAGGAUCGCGAUGCAGAAGUUCAGAAACACCUGAACUCCAAGGAUCUGGAGAGCGAGUUCGAGAAGUUGCUGGAUGCGAGGAACAUCCCCCAUAACAUGAGAGACAAGAUGCGGUCCCUUGAUACCAACAUCAAAGCCGACUUCAUCCAGAAGGACCGAAUUGAGAAUGGCACGCCUCACAGUGCUGGAACUUCAGAGAGCCGUCGGGGACGUGGCAAGGAUUCCAAGGACGAUCGUCGAUCUGACGACCGCAAGGGCUCACGCUCGCGCUCUCGAAGCCGUGGCUUCGCAUUCGGUAGAGGCUCAUCGUCUCCCGGUAAGAAGGCACGACCCGAAAGUGGGACAUUCAGCCGCCCACGCUCGGUCGAUCUGUCACAGCCUGUCGGCGUUUAUACAGCCCUUAGCGCAGUGGGCUCAACGGCGUCUCUGCAUGAAGCGGCGGCUGUCGACACCGCUGCUGAUCCGUCCGACUUUGUGCACUACUUGAGAGAGAUCCAGAAGCCGGAGAUGGUCGAAGUUGGAAAAAUCCACAAGCUUCGUCUCCUACUUCGGAACGAGACAGUAGCUUGGGUUGAUGGCUUCAUCGCCGAAGGUGGCAUGGACGAGAUCGUUCAGCUCAUCUAUCGUAUCAUGCAUAUGGAGUGGAGGGAGGACCACGAGGACACCCUCCUUCACGAAGCUUUGCUUUGCCUCAAGGGGCUUUGCACCACAUCUGCAGCUCUUGCCCAUCUGGCUGCGAUUGAGGCGGACCUCUUCCCGAGGUUACUGAAGAUCAUCAUUAUGAACCUGAUGUUCACACAAGUGACCCCAGUAAGCCCUGAUGAAGACCCGAGCAAGCGGGCGGAACGAAUUCUAUCAUACCUGCGUGACCCAUCCCCUGAGGAGGAAAACCAGCCGGUCCCUUUCAUCGCCAAUAUAUACCAGUCUAGGCCAUAUCGCGUAUGGGCCAAGGAAGUCUCCAAUGUCACCAAGGAAGUCUUCUGGAUUUUUCUUCACCAUCUGAAUGUGAUCCCGCUCCCCAAGCCCGCUCCUAAGUCCGAUGAUCCUUUCGUCGAGAAGCAUCCCGCGGACGCGCGCUCUUACUACCUGCGACACUUCCCUCCUCCUCGCCCCCCUGUCCCCGCCGCUCCAUACGUUGGGGGGGUUGAAUGGGAUGCGACCAAUUACCUCGCCUCGCAUCUGGAUCUCUUGAACGCGAUCAUCUCCUCCUUGCCAACGGCGGAAGCACGAAACCAGCUCCGAUCUGAACUUCGCACUUCUGGCUUCGAGAAGGUCAUGGGAGGCAGUCUCCGCACAUGCAAGGAGAAGUUCUACUCCGCCGUCCACGACGGACUGCGCACUUGGGUAGCUGCCGCGGCCGAAGAUGGAUGGGCCUACACUUCCGUCCGUGAGGGUCCUCGCGCCGGCGACCCAGGCUCACCUUCCAAAUCUCCCAAGAAGAUUCCUGGUAGUCCCAAGAAGGGCCUGCUUGAUGAAAAGCCACCUCAGCUACACCUUGCCCUCGAUGUCCCUCUUGCCGGUCUAAUUUCCAUUCCUGGUACCCCAUCCAGCGACAUGCCGCGUUGGCUUUAG